AUGGCGCAGGUUCGAUCUAAUCAGUCGGGUUCAUCCUCCGGGUCUUCGACGUCGCAGUACGAUGCGCAAGAUGAUUCGAGCAAGGAGAAAACUUCGUUCUUCGGCUCCGUCAAAAAGUCAUGGCAGAAAUUGGGCUUGGAUAGACCUACCGUCCUCCUGAUGAUGAAGGGCGGACUUCCACCCACCAUAGCCAUUGCAAUCUGCCAAAACAAGGUUGUUGCUCACGAGUUCACGACCUUGGGCUAUCUAGUGCCCGUAGUCUCUAUCCUAGGCUUCGCAAUUAUGCCACGCGCAAAGUUUAUCCAGAUGAUGAUUUUUGACAUUUUGGCUGUCGGCAUAGCAGCAUGUUUCGCUCUGUUGACAAUGUUCUCCAGCGUCAAGGCGCGCGAACACACCGAGACUGAUCCAAAUGAGAAAUACAACGCCUCCGCGUCUUCUGUCAGUGCUUUGUGGCUGUUCUUUCAAAUCUGGAUGGUUCACACCUUCCGCGCCAGAUUCCCGCAGCUGCAAUUCCCCGUGAUCAUUUACGCAAUCUUCGCGAAUGUUUCUUCGGUAUACGCUCCGCAAAUGAAGAAUAUGGCAGCUGCGUAUAAUAUGGUUCAAAAAUUGGUUGCAGCAUUUUUUACUGGUCUCGCCAUUUCAACAGCAACAUCGCUAUUCAUCCUUCCGAUGACGUCACGACAGGUCGUCUUCAAGCAAAUGGCGGGCUACAUUGGCAGCCUUCGCUCAGCCUUGGAGGCCCAUGCUAAAUAUUAUCAAUCAUUGGAAAGAGACGACAUGUUCGGCCGCACAGAGACCCAUGAUGAGGGCCGUGAGAAGUUUGGCAAGAAGGGAAAGGUCUACAGUCCCGAGGCAGAAGCCAUUCGCCGUGCGGUCCGAAACAUCACAGAUAUCCACGCCAAACUCCAUGGUGAUCUCACAUUUGCGAAACGUGAGGUCGCAUUAGGUAAAUUGGGACCCGAUGAUAUUCAGGCGAUAUUUCGCCAUCUUCGGCAGAUUAUGAUCCCGGUUGUGGGGUUGGGCUUCGUGGUGGAUAUCUUUCAGCGAAUGUCAGACUAUAACAGAUGGAAUCGGCCCCUUGAUUUAAAUGAGCCUGUAGUCCCGGAGGACAUUCGACAGCGCGUUGUGCGCGAGUGGAAUGAUAUCAUGAAGGCGGUACAUGACCCAUUCGCCGUGAUGAUCCAAACUAUUGAUGAGGCAUUGCUACAUACGUCCUAUGUCUUUAGGCUGGCAAAGCCACCCAAACGAAAAGGGACAGCGAAAUCUUCAGCAGCGGAAGGCAACGAUGUCGAGGCCACAGCCGAGAACACUGCACCUGGAGAAAAAGCAUUCAUCGUGCAUUAUGAAAAGAAACUUGGAGAAUUUCGGAUCGCAAAACGUCUUGCUUUGCAGACAUGGGCUGAGGAGAAGGGUGUAACGCUCCCGCCCGACUUUUUCGAUUAUCAUACUUAUCCUGAAAUGUUGGACGCUGAUUUUUUGGAUACUUCGGCUACGGAAAAAGAGCGAAGUCGACGACAACUGUAUCUAUUCCUCUAUAUGGAGCAAUUGCUGCACUCGACCGGUCAAACCGUGCUUGACUUUGUCCGUUAUGCCGAUCAUGUUGAGGCCAAAGGGAAACUACUGAGGACUCGGCUUGUUAUCCCUGGCAAGAAGCGAUUAUGGAAGUGGGCCAAGUCCUUUUUGAGUACUGCGGACAACGAUGAGGAUAAUAUGGGUGACAUUCAUACACAAAGCAACAUCCUUCAGCUUGGCGAGGCGUAUAAGCUUCGCAAAGACCCCGAGCAUCUACCACCAACUACUCUCUUUCAGAAGAUGGGAGACAGAAUUCGGGUCAUCCCAUGGUUUCUGCGCUCAUUUGAAUCGAAGUACGGCUUCCGUGUCGCAUGUGCCACCAUGACUGUUGCGAUAAUCGGCUUCCUACACGAGACGCAGGUCUUCUUCACUGCACAAAGAUUAGUGUGGGCCAUGAUCAUGAUCAAUAUGAGCAUGUCUCCCACCUCAGGACAGAGCAUUUUCAGUUUCGUGUUACGGAUUUUUGGUUCAUUCCUUGCAAUGGUGGCAUGUUUUCUGAUGUGGUAUAUCCCAGGUCAAAGAACCCCGGGCAUUAUCGUUUUUCUGUUUAUCUUUGUCUCCAUUGCCUCUUACAUUCCCAUCAAGUUAUUCCGCUUCCGAGCUGUCGGGAUCAUCAGCAUCGUCACUACAAGCAUGGUCAUCGGUUAUGAGCUCCAAGUUCGCCGAGUAGGCCAGACGAUUGCGACCUCCAAUGGACAGGUCUAUUACCCUAUCUACCUCUUGGCGCCUUAUCGGUUAGCUGUUGUGUCGGGCGGUAUUGCUAUCGCAUUCAUUUGGACGUUCUUCCCAUAUCCAAUCUCGGAGCACUCAGUUCUCCGUCAAAGUCUGGGAGCAUCGUUGUAUCUUCUGGCAAACUACUACUCGAUCAUCCACGAAACCAUAUCCGGCCGCAUGCGUGGAGACGAAGGAGAAUACCUACUCAAAAGGACCUCUGCGGGUCGUAAACUUGAAAAAUCGCGACACCAAGUGUUCUCAAAACAAAUGCUUAUGCUGGCUGGUUUACGGACAUACUCUGGAUUCCUUCGGUGGGAGGUUCCGGUUGGCGGUAGGUUCCCCAAGAAGCAGUAUGAUUCGAUUAUUCUCUAUAUAGAAAACAUCGUGAACUAUCUCAGUUUGCUAGGCUACGCAUCUGAUACCCUCAUGUAUCUCGGCGAUGGCGACAAUGAGUCUGAUACCAACUGGAUGAUCGAUUUCCGACGGUUGAUCAAUACUGCCAAGGUGACGACUCACGAAGUCACGUCUUUACUCUGCCUUCUCUCUGCUAGCAUUACGAACCGACAACCUCUGCCGCCAUAUCUCAAAGCACCCCGUCCGUACAGCUUCACGAGGCGUCUGCAGGCUCUUGACGCCGAUAUUCUGAGCCUCCGACACAUGGCCGAACCAGGAUUCGCCGCCUUUGCAGUUUUGCAGAUCUCGACCCGCUGCAUUGUCGGUGAUAUGGACAAAUUACUCCAGUAG